UUUUUGUUUGGCACCACGGUCUUCUAUUGGCUCAUCAACAAAAUCGGAAAUCUUGGUUCCAACAAUACAAAUUAUAUAAAGAGCAGCCUUUCUUCCAACAGAUAUGUAUAGAUCCCUUUGUAUAUCAUUCACAGCUGUAAAAUGUCCAAUAAAACAUUGACUGCGUUACCCUUGACUGCUGCUGCCUACGCACCAUAUGGUGAUGUCAUUCAAGCAAGAACAGAUGCAAAAGACAUUACAGGUGCCAAUCAAGGUACAGCCGAAAAGUACCAUUGGACAGCAUCAAUUGUGAACAACCAUCCUAAUAACGGCGGCAAGUCCAACAUGUGCGUAUUUCACUGUAGACCAACCAAGGAGCUUCCUUUCAAAUGUAAGAUCCUUGAGCGUCACCCAUACUCAUCCCAAGCCUUUAUUCCCAUGAACGCUGGAAACACCCGUGGUUACUUGGUUAUUGUUGCACUGAAUGGAGAGGAUGACAAGCCUGACAUGAGCACUCUGAAGGCUUUCAUUUGUUCCAACGUACAAGGCGUCAAUUACGCCGCUGGCAUUUGGCAUCAUCCUAUGAUUGCCCUAGAAGCUGAAACUGAUUUUGCAUGCCUGGUUCAUGAAUCUGGCAUCAAUCAAGAUGACUGCCAAGUUGUCGAUGUCGAAGAAUGGAUCGUUGAUGUUCCUGGAUAUACAGCAUAGAGUAUUCAACAUAAUAAAUUGUACAUUUUUCAAGAACGUCGCUUUUGUUUUAGGCUCAACAUUACGUUGGGAUAGUGCUCAAAAAGUUAUAGAUUUGAGUACAGGGUUCCGGCAGAAAAUCUCUCAAUUUCAAUAAUGUGGAAGUAAAUGAGGGUUCAACAAGUAAAA